CCUUCAGCAGUGAAUCUGGGAACUUGUACAUUGUCGCUGACACGAGCAGCGUGGGCUCGUGAAGUCAAUUCCCGCGAGAUUUGCACGCGAUUUGUGAAUGAUAAACUGACGCAAAGUGGAGGUUUACCACACAUCUGUGCUUCGGAAACGUCUUCAUUGAAUUGUCCCAGUCCGUCGUUUAUCAAGCUCCUUAGAUUUCUUCCAGACGUCAGAUAAUCUGUUGCCACUUAAUUUCCUCUACAACCUCAGCUGAUUCACAUGGGACGCGAUGGACUUAUUUCGCCAUUGUUUAAACGCUGUGUAAAGAGAAAUUUCCUAGAGAACCAAAAUUAACAGUGAGCGAUACGAGCCAGCAGUUAAAGUUUUAUCGACCUGUGAUCAGUUCUCGAAGAUUAAUUCCACGAGUGAGUGUCAUGGUGUUGUGAGGUCAAAUGUUGCUUCUGGGAAUCAUCAAAUGUCAAGUUUUGAACGGGCUUGCUACGAGGAUUUUCAAACAUACAUCCCUGAAAUUGCACAUGAAACGCAGUUUAUCUACCCUAGAAAACUUUACGAAAACAAUGCAGUUUAUGGUGGUUUAUCUUCACCUAAUUCAGUUGUCAAUUGUGACAAUGAAUUGACACAUUAUUCCAGCACCAAUAGUCACACAGUCACACCAAGUUCAAGACACUGCUUGUAUAAUGAUAGAUUGGAUGUCUUUGCUUGUGAAGGCCAUGAAAGGAAGGUUACACCAGGGGCAUCCAACAUCCUAGGGGGUCCUAAGUUAAUGGAUGCAACUUUCAGCUCAUGCACACAAAGUGGAUAUCCAUGGAAACAAGAAUUAGAACCAAGUCUUCAUGAAAGUAUGAGAUUUUCUAAGGGUGCAUACCGAGGUACACCAAACAAGGUCGUGAGCCAUUUCAAUCAGUCAUUAUGUCCAACUGUGAGUAUCCGGGUGGAUAUUUCAUGUCCACUUUCUUCAUGCAGUGAUGAUAAAGUGUCAUGCUGUUGUGGAGAUGCUUAUUCUGAACAUCCAGUGCAGAAUUCCCAUUGUUUUAGUGAGGUGCUGGAGAAACGGAAUAUUGUUGGUUACAGGCCAAAUGAACUGCAAAACAUUCCUAUGGCAACAGUGAAAAGUAAGGUAAACUCUUGCAACAAUCAGAUUAGCUGUGGUCAUGUCUGUUCCAGUGGUGGGAUUGCUAGUGCAUCAAAUUGGCAGCUUAAAUCAGAUUGCUUUCCAGAGGGAAAUUUCAAGCCUUUUCCACAAAAUCUAGACUCUCCACUUGAGAACAACAGCUGCAUAGAAAGGUGGAAUAGUGGAAUAUUCGACAUGGGCCCAGCUAUGCUGAAUGGGAAUUACAUAAUGGAUGAAAAAAGAUUGUGUCCAUGGAUUGGGUCUGAUUGCUCUGAAAAUGGGUUGACAUGUCGUAAAGAAAAAGAUGAAACUCUUAACUCAUGUGCAAUAAAGAAUGAGGAGAAGAUGGGAAGUGCUGACCACUCUCCACCUGAAAAUUCUUGUAUUUUGAUGGAGAAACAUUUGAAAAAUGUGGAUUUUUCCAACCAAGGUCAGAUACCUUCUAAAGAGUUUUCCUUUUCCAGAACUGAAAUGAAUCAUUCCUAUCAGAAGAGUCAUAGUGGUAAGGGGGGCAUGGAGUGCAUUGAACUGACACCCAUCAAUCCAAGAAAGAUCUUUGGACAAUGUAGAUAUCAAACUAGUGGAAUUGUAGAUGAGAAGUACAGUUAUAAAGAAGAAGCACCAGCCCAGACAAAAACCUGGCAGAGUCCUCCCAACAAAGAUACAUAUUCACAGCUUUGUGGUGAAAGUCCUGUUAAGGCAAGAAACAAGGGAGGGCUGAUUGAGGCAUUGUUGGAGAGAGAUCCAUCAUCUCCUAUUGCAAACCUUUCUAAUUUGGUUGCCAGGAUGCAUCCUGACCAUGCAAACAUCAUGACUGGAAAAAAGAAUCAAAAAUUUGAUGGGCUCAGAAAUGAAACAGUCAACAAGAGACGUUCUCAUUGUGUCUGUCCAAACUGUCUUAAUGGUCUCAACAGUGGAACUGGAAAUGUGCAGCAAAGGUCACAUAGUUGUCAUUAUCCUGGAUGUGGCAAGGUUUACGGAAAAACGUCACACUUGAAGGCUCAUUUACGCUGGCACAAAGGAGAAAGACCAUUUGUCUGUAAUUGGAAUACUGGAGCUCGUUGUUGUGGCAAGAGCUUUACUCGUUCAGAUGAACUGCAGCGGCACUUGAGAACACAUACAAAGGAGAAAGCUUACACAUGCACCAUUUGUAACAAAGCAUUUGGCCGAAGCGAUCAUCUAAGUAAACAUCUCAGAACCCAUGAGGGGAAAGGAAGAAAGGCUGUUCAUGACAAGGACGGUGGAGAAGAUUAUGAUAAUCACAAUAACGACAACCCAACCGACAUUGUAGAUGAUGAUGAUGAUGAUGAUGUUUUUGUAGAUUACUAAGGUCAAG